GUCAAGCUAGUGACUGACACCCUCAAAAAUACCCACCAUGAUUCCAUUCUGGGCUAUGAUGUUCCUAGCAGUUGCAGCUGCUGGUCCCCUGGAUGAUUCCCGGAUUGUUGGCGGAUACGAGUGCGCCCCUCAUUCCAAGCCUUGGCAGGUGCACUUGAACUACAAAGGGAGCUUCUUUUGUGGGGGGUCAUUAAUUGCGCCAAGGUGGAUUGUUUCUGCUGCCCACUGCUACUUGCUACCCAAGUACGUGGUGGCUCACAUUGGCAUGCACGAUGUUUCCAAGGCAGAAGGAACCGUACAGAUAAUCCAGGUGGAGAAAUCCUUUCAGCACUAUAAAUACAACAGCAGCAGCAUUGACAAUGACAUUAUGUUGAUUAAAUUAGCAGAACCAGCUCAGUUCAAUCACUAUGUUCAACCCAUCCCAUUGGCACAUAGCUGCCCAAUAAAAGGAACUACGUGCGUUGUGUCUGGCUAUGGGAAUAUGCGUCCAGGUUUCUUUGGAGAGUUCCCUGACAGAUUGCAAUGUUUGGAUCUGCCUGUUCUGCCUGAAGACAGCUGCAAAUCUUCCUAUGGUGAUGAUAUUACUAACAACAUGUUCUGUGCCGGCUUCCAGGAAGGUGGCAAAGAUUCCUGCCAGGGAGACUCUGGUGGGCCACUGGUUUGUGAUGGAGAACUCUUCGGGGUGGUAUCAUGGGGAUAUGGCUGCGCCACGAAAGGAUAUCCAGGAGUGUACACUAAAGUCUGUCAUUAUAUAGACUGGGUGAAUGACAUUAUGGAGGACCACUAAGAAGCUCAGCACAUUGUAUUCUCAGUUUAGAAUGCAAUUUAGGUUGUACCCCUAGUCUGCAGAAACCUCAACCACUGCCCUUCCAUCCUUCCAUUUGGGGUCUGUGAUUUAUGACUGUUCCAUCUAAAUCAGGACAAAUGGAAGGGGGUUAUGAGGAUGCCAUAACUAUUUAGCAAUGUUAUUUUGCUAUCUAUAUAAGGGUUUGUUUCUUCAUCUGCUGAAUAGAGUCCCCAGCCAUUCAAUUGCUGCAGUAUAUAAUGAUCUAACUAAAUAUAUAAAUAAAUAAAUAAAUAUAUAUAUAUAUAUAUAUAUAAUGUUGUUGUACUGUGGGUGCAAUUUAAACAAUAAUAAAUAAAAAUCAACCUGA